GCUGUGGUAACGACCCUUUGCAGCAGCAGCAGGAGGGAUGCAGUCAUCCGCCAUUUCAGCUGCUACGAUGAGACCUUACUUCCAGUAAACAUUGACGAGGGAACCAUCCAUUUACCACAUUGUAGAUGUUUUAGUUAGAUAUAGAGCAACGAUUGGGUAUAGGGCAACUAUUAGACAUAUAGGGCAACCGUGAGAGGAGACAAAACGAGUCCUCUAAAGGUUUGCGGAAAGCAGGGAAAGGGGCGGAAGAUGGCGGUCGACAGACGAGACGACAAAGAGGGAGAGCUCAACGUGCUGGAUGACAUCCUCACCGAGGCCCCGGACCAGGAUGACGAGCUCUAUAAUCCUGAGAGUGAGCACCACGUCAACCAGAAAAAAGGAUCUAAGAGGAAGAAUGACCGAGGGGAUGACCACGAUCUGAAACGUCUCCGGCCCUCGGCUCACACCACCACCAGACAGGCCACUAAAAGAUCUGCCCCCUCGGCUGGCGGGAAGAAACUGGUCAACCUCAGGGGGGUGCGGCACCCCUCCGAAUACAAGACCGAAGAUUAUUACGACGACCGGAAAACCCAUUCCAUCCGAGCUGGUGGGGCGCAGAGGGGGGACCCUCCCAAAGCAGCCCACCUUGACAAGCCUCUGGGCCGCAGGAGAGAGCCAGACAGACAGAGGAUCAAGCCCCUCAUGCCUGAGCUAACCACAGAGAAGCUGAUGCGUCCCAGUGAGGGGAGUGUUGGCAGGGUCAGCACCUCCUCCAAGGAAGAGGCAGAGGAGGCAUCAGACCAGGAGACGGGCAGCACGGCUGAGUCCUCCGAGGGAGACCGAUCCAACAUGGAGGGAGAAGAGGUGAUGGAGGAGGAAGAAGAAGAAGAGGAGGAGGAGGAGGAGGGAGAGAAGGGCCCAGAGGAAGACGAGGAAGAGGAGGAGGAAGAGUAUGAACAGGAGGAAGGGGAUCAGAGAGUUGUGAACGAACCGCCGGAUUACGACACUCGCAGCGAAGCCAGCGACUCCCAGUCUGAUUCAGUGUCGUUCUCUGAGGGGGAGUCUGUUCACUCUGGGUCUGGAUCUGACGCCUCAGGUUCUGAGAAGAAGCAUGAGAAGCUAUCCUCCUCUGUUCGAGCCGUCCGCAAGGAUCAGACCAGCAAGCUGAAGUACAUCCUACGAGAUGCACGCUUUUUCCUGAUCAAGAGCAACAACCAUGAGAACGUCUCCCUGGCCAAGGCUAAGGGGGUGUGGUCAACUCUGCCUGUGAACGAGAAGAAGCUGAACGCCGCCUUCCGUUCUGCCCGCAGCGUCAUCCUGGUCUUCUCCGUCAGGGAGAGUGGAAAGUUCCAAGGUUUUGCCAGGCUGUCCUCGGAGUCCCAUCAUGGAGGGUCUCCCAUCCACUGGGUCCUGCCUGCUGGGAUGAACGCCAAGAUGCUGGGUGGGGUGUUCAAAAUCCACUGGAUCUGCAGACGGGAGUUGCCGUUCACUAAAACGGCUCACCUUUCCAACCCGUGGAACGAACACAAGCCUGUAAAGAUCGGCCGAGAUGGACAGGAGAUCGAACCAGGGUGUGGGAUGCAGCUGUGCAUGCUGUUCCCCCAGGACGAGAGCAUUGACUUGUAUCAAGUUAUUCAUAAAAUGCGACACAAGCGGAGGAUGCCUUCGGAGCCGCGUUCUCGAGGACGCCCGCCGCACAGAGAACCCGCCCGAGGCGACCUGGGAAGGCGUCGGUCCGAGGAAUAUGACAUUCACAACAGGAAACGCCCAAGGAUUGACUAUCCAGCCGAGUUCCCACAGAGACCAGGCUUUAUGCCAGUUCCACGUAACCCGCCAGUUGACCGGCGCUUCCCAACGGGAGUAAGAAGAGAUGUGUUUCUCAAUGGGUCCUACAACGAUUACAUGAGAGAGUUCCACCACACCAUUGGGCCUCCUCCUCCUUGGCAAGGAAUGGCACCGUACCCUGGGAUGGAGCAGCCACCUCACCACCCGUUCUACCAGCACCAUCCUCCUCCUCCCCAGGCACAUCCCCCGUACACUGGGCACCACCCUGUACCACACGACGCCCGCUUCAGGGAGAAGAGAGUCGGACGUUCCUUCAGCUCUACCCUGCAUGACUACGACAUGCGGGUGGAUGACUUCCUGAGACGGACCCAGGCCGUGGUGACAGGUCGCCGCAGCCGCCCCAGAGAACGAGACCGGCAGAGGGAGCGAGAACGGCCCCGGGACGCCCGCCGGGACCGCGACAGAGACCGUGGACGCGAACGUGACCGAGAGAGAGACCGGAUCAGAGACCGGGAGAAGGAGAGGGGGCGCUACAGGAGAUAAUCAGGGACUAAAUCAAAUCAAAUAAGAAGUCCUGUGGUUGUUUCUCUGACCUUGUCAUUUGUUUUUCUUCCAUUUUGUUUUAUUUUAUUUUUUUAAGAAUCUGAACUGUUCUGAGUGAUUGUUCUGUUUUACAUCGUGCUGUGAAGUCGCCUCAUGUCUAUCAUGCAUGCAGUGUAACUGAACUAACUGGGGGGGGGGGGUCCGUCCACCCCAAAAAUACACAUUUUUAGUUAAUCUUAUUUUGGAGGAGACGCGGUUAAGAUCAUUUGGAGCUGGUUUUCGUCUCUUCUUCCUGUCCCCGACUUUCAGUGUUGAAUGCCAGUCUCUUUUGCGUGUAUUUUUUUUUAGGAAGGGACUGAUCCACUUGUCACAUUUUGUCUUUGUGCUGUUCAUACUUGUACAUCGUUCAAGUGAAGAUCUCUACUGACAUGGGUAUAAUUGUACUGAAUCUGACUGGCAGUGUUGUUGCGAGUCCCUUUUUUUUUCUAGUGUUUUGACCUGGAAGCAAAAAGCAAUAUUGUUGUUAUGAUCGAUCCCGUUUCCUUUCGGGAAGUUUAAACCAAUCAGUGUAAAGUUUAGAGAACCUGCAAGGUUUUUGUCGGGGACGGGGGAAUAAGGUAUCGCUUUUGUCUUGGAUGACUGUUUUGUACAAAAAAACAACAAAUUAAAUACUAUUGAGUGUUUUACUACUGUCGUCAGUUUGAGUAAAAGAUGUUUUGUAUUGAUUCACUUUACAUUAAACAAGGUUUUACCUUUCUGACUUUC